GGGAAUUCAAUAACAUUUUGAGGUUAUUUUUGUAUUCUUCAGUUUUUUUAAGGAAAAGUCGCUGUGUACACACCCGCUUACACAGCGGUGUACACAGCAUAAAUACUAUCCCCCGUUUUUACUUUUCCCCUUCUUUUUACCCGGCUCCCACCCCAUCCCCAAUUCCCCCAAUCCUCUCUCUCUUUCCUCUUUUCCCUACCGCACAAAUCAUUCGCCCCUCCUUCUGGUUUUCUUCCUCCGCCUCUUCUUCCUCUCGCCUUCGGUUAGAUUUCUUCUCUUCUUCCCUUUUUAAUUUAUUGAUAAUGAAAUAAUAGGGAUAUAGCCAUAUGAAACAAACUUCGGUUCUUGGAUCCCUUUUUUUCAUGCCGGCCAUCAUAAGUGUGAGAACGGGGUGGUGGAGGAGGAGCUUCCUCCUCAGCCCAAGUCCAAGACGAUUGAGUUGGCAAGAACUACUUACGCUCUUUGCAUGGUGAAGAUAAUGAACCUUCAAAAGAGGCGUGUGAUAAAUCGAAUGAUGGCAGAACAAGGAUUGAGGAAGUCGAGAAUCAGAGAUUUAGAAUACAUUAUAACUAAGUAUUUUAUUCUUGUAACUAGCUAUAUGGUAAAGUUAAUAUUCUUGUAUUUAGAAUGAUAGUGUAAUUCGAGUUGCUAAUGUCUUCAAUGUGUGUUUUCUGUUAUGAAAAUGAACUUGGAUAUUGUACAACAAAUUUGUGUUAUUAAUCCAUAUUGUUAGUUGGCUAAAAAGGAUAUCUGAAUGUUUAUUCUGUUUGCCAUUGAAGUUUAUUCUGUUUGCCA